CCCCGCCUGGAGUCUAUAAAUAAAGCUGAACAGGGACAAAGAGCUUCAGUUUCUCUUUGGGGAGGGUUCCUUCAGUAGAAACAGGCAAAUCGGAGCUGGAACGUCUGGGGUUAGGGACUCUCCGGGGUCAGGAUCCCCAGAGCAGCUGGCCUCCCCGACACUGGACACUCCUCUGCAAUAAGCUCGCCCCUCUCUCCUGCGGGAGCCGCAUCAGCCAUGGCUGUCCUCUGGCUCAUGAUGUUCCUGGUUCCCGUCUCCUGUCAGCUGCAAACCAAAGAUCCAAACACACCAAUCAAGAACUUAAGGAUGGAACCAAAAAGCAGAAGAUUAACUUGGGACCUCAAUGGGAAUGUCACCAAAAUUGAGUGUAUCAAAGACUCACAUCAAUUCAAGGAGGCAACAAACAACCAGUAUUGCCACUAUGGUGUACUUUCCACAUGCAAUGUGACAAACUACACUGUCAGCAUCACUAACCCGCCAUUCUCAGCGUGGAUUCUGUUCCCUAAGCAAGAUGGGAAACCUGAGGCAGCCGCCGAAAACCUGACCUGUUGGGUUCAUGACGUGGACUUCCUGACCUGCAGUUGGGCGCUGGGCAGGGCAGCCCCCAGCGACGUCCAGUACCACCUCUACUUGAAGAACACAUCGACCCAGAAAGAGUACCCGUGUCCACACUACAAAAAGGAUGACCAAGGAACACAUAUUGGGUGUCAUUUUGAUGACAUCUCGAGAAUAUCCAAAUAUCCCCACCAAUUCCUAAUUCUGGUUAAUGGAACCAGCAAAAGCUGCAGCGUCCCUUGCAUGGACAUCUUUGAAGACUUAUCAUACAUUGGUAAGGAAGGACUCAGGACGUUCCCUUCACACUAUUCUGGAGGCUGGAAUUUCAAGAUCGAGGCGUGGCAGUGCCUGAGGAAAUGUCCCAAACAUGGUGCCAUGGAUGGAAACAAGAAGGGGAAGAGAUUAAGUCCACCCAACGUCACUGCAGAGUGUAAUAAAACACAUUCUUUCAUGGAGUGGGAGAUGAGAAGCCAUUUCAACCGCAAGUUCCUCUAUGAACUUCAAAUAGAAAAGAGCACCAGGCACGUCUUCACGGAACAGAUCCAAGACAAAAAUUCCUUUGAGCUACACAAUCCUGGAACCUACACAGUGAAAAUAAGAGUCCAGGAAUACUUUAUCAGGCUCCCGAGCAGAUGGAGCGCUCCCCAGCGCUUUGUGUGCGACCACGAAGAGGACGCGCACACGCGAGGCUGGCGGACGUCUCUGCUCGUCGCGCUGGGAACGCUGCUGGCUCUGCUCUGUGCCGCCUUCCUCUGCAAACGGUACUCCGUGAUGCAGAAAAUCUUCCCUCCCAUCCCUCGGUUGAAAGACCCCAUCAGUGACAAGUUUCAGAAUGAUAAGAUGAUGGCCUGGGUGGCUGGCAGAGCAGACCGGGAGGACUGUCCAGUAGCCGAGGUGCUGGUUGUGGAGGAAACGUGAAGCCCAAGCUCCGGGCUGCUCGCGCUGCCUGGUCCUCCGGGACCUCCUGGCCGGGCACCUGCACGCCCUAGUUGCUGCCGACCAAUGUUUAUAAAACGAGAUGGGGGUGGGAGGCCCCAGUGCAGCUGAAUCAGGAGCUGCCCCUGAGAAAGAAAAAAGCCUCUGUGCUGUGUUCAUUUCUUUACUAAAGUGCUUUACCACCCACUCACUGGGCCCCAGUGGGAUCCAGUCCUGUCACUCCAAGGCCUCCGGGACCCGGCUUCCAGCCUCCUAAAUUUGGCUCUGCCCAAAGACUUCCUGCUACCAUCAACUGGAUUUGCCCCUUCCUGGUUCCAUUAAACGGCCCUGCCUGGUUUUUCUUUCUUGC